AUGAAACCAACCAUUAUCACUCUCUUCAUUCUCCAUACGUUUCUUUUGUCCGCUACAGUAAACACUCUUCCGUUAUCGUUAGAAAAACGUCAACUCUAUACCGGUCAAGGAACAUACUACAACCCUGGUUUAGGCGCAUGCGGCCAAUACGACGACGACAAUUCCGCCAUCGUAGCUCUGGCUGCGCCAGAUUUCGAUGCGGAAACUCCAAAUGGAAAUCCUAAUCGUAAUCGUCUAUGCAAUAGAUACAUUCGAAUUUACUAUAAUAAUCGAUCGGUUGAAGGGAUGGUACGAGAUAGAUGUCCAGAAUGUAGUUCGGGAGAUGUUGAUAUGUCACCCGCUAUGUUUGAUAAUUUGGCUAAUCGAAAUUUAGGGAGGAUUAGUAUCAGUUGGCAGUUUAUUUAG